AAUACAUCCACAGACCAACCGCAGCUAGUUAGCAGAUAACGUAAACACUGGUACAUCUUUGGGGAGAUAGGGCGGUUUUAAUGGUUUAGCUUUUUUUUUUCUUAGUCCCAGUUUACUGCAUAAUAACGACAGGAUGCGGUAGCUAAGCUAAAUGCUUUGUGCUCAGCCAUGUUUGUUUGGAUCUCGGAUUUUCUAAGGCCUUGAAGUUGUCCUGCUAACGGAUGCCCAUGAUUCAGCUGGAGAAACCGGUGCUGACUGGUACCAUGCCGGUGGUAUGGCCCACCAUCCUUGACCUGGGCAGGGAUGAGUGCAAAAGAAUUCUCCGUAAACUGGAGCUGGAGGCUUAUGCUGGAGUUAUUAGCGCCCUGCGAGCCCAAGGAGACCUGACAAAGGACAAGAAGGAUCUCCUGGGGGAACUCACUAAAAUCCUUGGUAUCUCAACUGAGCGCCAUCGUGCAGAGGUCCGCAGGGCUGUCAAUGAUGAACGCCUCACCACCAUUGCAUAUCACAUGUCCGGUCCUAACAGCUCGUCUGAAUGGUCCAUCGAAGGACGCCGCCUCGUUCCCCUGAUGCCGAGGCUGGUCCCUCAGACAGCUUUUACUGUCACUGCUAACGCGGUGGCCAGUGCCACAGCCAAUCAGAAUGCCUCCCUCCUGCUGCCAGCUGAAACAGGAAACAAAGAAGUGGUUGUAUGUUACUCAUACACUAGCACCACCUGCACCUCCACCAGCGCCACAGCGACCAGCGGCACUAUCGGAGCCACAGUGAAAUCCCCACGACCACCCAGCCCCACAUCCAACGUGGUGGUGCUGCCCAGCGGGAGCACGGUCUACGUGAAAAGUGUAAGUUGUUCCGAUGAAGACGAGAAGCCUCGCAAGCGAAGGCGGACCAACUCUUCCAGCUCGUCGCCGGUGAUGCUGAAGGAGGUUUCCAAGGUGUCUCCGCCAGUUUCCAAGAACAUCACUGUGCCGGUGAGCGGCAGCCCCAAGAUGAGCAACAUAAUGCAAAGCAUCGCUAACUCCCUGCCGCCCCACCUGUCCCCCGUCAAGAUCACCUUCACCAAGCCCACCAUCCAGACCACCAACACCACCACACAGAAGGUGAUCAUUGUGACAACUUCUCCGAGCUCCAACUUUGUGCCCAACAUCUUGUCCAAGUCUCACGCCCACAACAACGCAGCUGUGUCCAAGCUGGGCUCCACCUCCAUGCUGACCACGCCCACCCAGAAACAGACAGUGGUGUUUCCUGCCAGCUCCAGCCCCUCCACCAACCCCAACACCGUUGCCGUGACCACAGUGGUGUCCUCCACUCCCUCAGUGGUCAUGUCGACAGUCGCACCGUGUAGGUCCUUCCUCGCUGGUGGUUCAGCUGGAGUGAAGGUCGCUUCAGCCAGACUUCCUUCACCCAAGACGCUGGUGGGGUCACCCACUCAAAUCCUGGCCCAGUUCCCCAAACAGCAGUCGCCCAAACAGCUGCAGCAGAGCUCACCUUUAGGAGUCUCCAGCGUCGGUCAGACCCAGACCACCUCCACCUCCCCUGGGACCAAGCCCACCAUUCAGAUCAAACAAGAGUCCGGAGUGAAGAUCAUCACUCAGCAGGUUCAGCCCAGCAAAAUCCUGCCCAAGCCUUCAUCAGUGGCUCUGUCCAGCAGCAGCUCCUCUCCCAUCAUGGUCGUCAGUAGCAACGGAGCCAUCAUGACCACCAAACUGGUCACUCAGCCCACAGCUUCUCAGGCCACCUAUACAAGACCCACUGUCGGCCCCAACAUCGGCGCCAGAAUAUCAGCCUCCAGUGGCGGCACCACCUACGUGAAGACCACCAGCGGCAGCAUCAUCACUGUUGUGCCCAAGUCACUGGCCACUCUGGGCGGGAAAAUCAUCAGCAGCAACAUUGUGUCUGGCACGACAACUAAGAUCACGACCAUCCCCAUGACCUCCAAGCCAAAUGUCAUCGUGGUGCAGAAGACAACAGGAAAAGGAGCGACUAUCCAAGGACUGCCGGGCAAGAACGUGGUCACCACGCUUUUAAAUGCUGGGGGUGAGAAGGGCUUACAGGCCGUUCAGGGGACCAAACCAGCGAUCAUCACCGCCUCCAGACCCAUCACCAAGAUGAUUGUAACCCAGCCCAAAGGCAUGAGCUCUGGAUCCCAGUCCACCGCCACCAAGAUCAUCCCAACCAAGAUCGUGUACGGCCAGCAGGGCAAGACUCAGGUUCUCAUCAAGCCGAAGCCAGUUUUCCAGACGGCGGUGGUGAGCGAACAGACCAGGCAGCUGGUCACCGAGACGCUGCAGCAGGUGACCCGCUCCGCAGACCUGAGUCAGGGUCAGACCACGGGCUCGGACGGCUCCACAAAGGACGAGGUCGCCAGCUUCACGGAGACUAGCAGCUUAGCUGGUGAGGUCUCCCAUGGCAGUGCUCAAGAGACGCAGCCUGUAGUGCAUGUGGUGUCCUCCAGAGAGCAGGAUUGGACUGAGCAGGAAGUAGCUGUGGAGUCCAGCCCCACUAUUAUCUAUCAGGAGGUGUCUGCCGGGGAAUCCCAGUCCGCCACUUCCACCAUCAAAGCCCUGCUGGAGUUACAACAGACAACCGUUAAGGAGAAAGGAGAGUCCAAACUGAGGCAGCACACUAUUGACCUGAGCCAGUUGGCCGUGCCCAUCCAGCUGGCCCAGGAGAAGAAGCCCAGCCCGGAGUCCCCCAGACCCUCCACCUCAGAGGCUGAACCCAGCACCGAGUACAUCACGGCAGGUAAAGUCAGCAGAGUGGGAGUGUCCUCGGAGGAUGAUGAUGUGGUCAUGUCCUCCAGUCAGCAGCUGGGGAAGCCCUACAAACCGGCUGCCGUCUCGUCUGCAGCCGCAGCUUCUCACGUCAGCCAAGUGCCGUCUGACAGCCUUGGUAAAACUGAGACCGUGUUAGAGGCGGGCGAGCUGGAAGGCGACACCUUGGACCCCCAGACGGGAUUGUUCUACCGCUCCACCCAACCAGCUGCAGAUCCCGUGAAGCCAACCACCCACUCCACGGGCGCUCAGCCACCACCUGUGAGUCAGGCCGAGGCGGAGCAGAGCCGGCACAGCUCCACCUCCACCUCCACCUCCACCCCAACCCCCACCCAGGCGCCACCGCCACCACCACAGCUGCAGAGCAAACCUCAGAUUAGCCAGCCUUCCUCCUCCUCCACCGCCUUCCCCUCCACUCCACCUCUGACUAAGAAACUCCCUAAGCUACGAGAGCAGAGUCAGCCCAAGCCCCAGACCUUAACCCAGAGCCCCAAAGACAGACCGCUGGUUGCACCGGUGCAGGCCGCGAAGGUCACGACCCCGGGCACACCGACCAAGCACCUUGUGACGCCGCAGCUCCCGAAGCUCCAGCAAGCCCCCACGUCCCACCACAGGCCCCUGCACACACCCAUGUCCCACCCUCCUCCACUGCAGGCGCACCACCCCAUCAGCACUGAAAAGACUGCGUCCAGCCAGCCAAUCAUCACACAGAGCGCUACCGUCACCAAGAUCACCUUCGGCAGCUCCCACCACACGUCGCCAGUCUUCAGCAGCGGCGAGGCCGCCGCCAAGCUGAUCCCCGAGUCCAGCUCUGGGCCCCGAGACAAGCCCUCGGUGUCGGACAUCCUGAAGAUCUCCAUGAUGGAGGCGGAGAUCGAUCCGAGCACGGAGCCCAUGGUGGUGGAUUCCUCCAGCGACUGCGGCCCCCUGGGGAAAGCCCUGGAGGUCCAGGCGGUGUCGGGGACGCUGGACUCUGGCCAGUUCAUCAGCAGCUCCGGGGCCGCCAUGCACCAUUCCCACACGAAGACGCAGCAGUUCAGCUGCAUGCAGGGCCUCACUGCACAGAGGAGCAAAGAAGACCUGGAGGUUAUUGAGGUGAUUCCUCAGUACUCCAUCUUGCCGGACUCCAGCCAGUCCAACGUGGUGGUGGAGCCCAGCGGCUUCCUGGAGAUCACCAACUACACCAGCCAGCAGCUGGAGGAGGACAGCCCCAUGGAGCAGGAGGUGGACAGCAGCAACGACGAGGCGGCGGCAGCCAGCCCCCCCGACCAGCCGUAGUCGCCCCACGUCAGAGACACCGACGGGAGCGGAACGAGCAGACGUAGCGAUUUGUUUGAGGCCUCGGACCCAGCGGACAAAGACCUUCUGGUUGCUUUUUUAUAGAGCAAGAGCAAGAAUGUUUUCAGUUGUGUAAAAUAUUAGUUUGUUCAUAAUAUACCUAGUGUUUUUUUCCUCCCCACAACUAAUGGCACAUGUGGUUUUUAUUGCCAGCGAGGAGUGCUGGAUGUAAAAUGUGGGAGUGAGGUGAAAGGAUUAGUUGUAGUCCAUUUCCAGACAGUUGGACAGCAGCCUCUCAAAACAUCUUCAAUUGUUCCAGUAUGUUUACAUUGUUACUUAAAGGACUUUGCAAGACAUUUACACAUUUAUGAAAUAGAUUAUCUGGAAGUUUUGGUGCUGUGCCUUGUGCCGCUGUAAUGCAUUUCCAAAACACACUGUUUUUACAGGCCUGCAUUUAUGUUGAAGCUUGUCCAGAGCGUUUCAAAUACAUGUUUCCCAGUAACUUCGGUCACACAGAUUUUUGUACAGAGUGACUCUCCUGUUGCAUAUGAACGUCUUUUAAUGACUUGAAGGUUUUAUCGUCGGAUGAACUGUUUUUGUUUCGCCUUUGAUCGACUUUGUAACAGUGAAAACUCAGACGCUUAUGGGAUUUAAGUUUUGAGAAGAGAGAAGAAAGCUGGAGCAGACUGAACUGUUCUGUGGAACAUAGAGUCCUGGAGGAAGGAUGGAGUCCAACAUAUGUGUUACUGCUCAUUGUAAGUGUAAUGUAAAAAAAAAAAAUGAAUUAAGCAAUGUAACUUCUUUUUUUUUGUAAGAUAUAUUCUUGAGUUCAAAAAGUUGCUGUGGGAGUUUCACUAAGAAACGUUAACAAUGUCAUAGUGUGUUUAAACUAUGCAUUUCUUUUAUACCUUUUCAAACUAGAGGACUAGUUGAGAGAAAUCAUUUAAUCUACACAAUAAAUCUGAGGCUGAGUAGAAACGUCAGUUUAUAUAGUUUUAUUGGUUAAAAGCUUCUGAUUGUAGAAAGAGAAAAUGAAGAAGCCACCAUGUACUUUUAUACUCAGAUUCACCUGAAGCUGUCAGCUGCUUUUAUGUCGUAUUUUUCUGGCCUCCUUACACCUUAGCAUUGUGUCAUGAGUGCAGUGAACUUCCCAAAUGAUCUUAUUUAAAGUAUAACAUAGGCAAGAUUCUAUAUUUUUGUUAUCGUCAUAACAAUCCCAUGAAAAGACGGAAACCAACAGUGUUUUAAUUUGUCUGUUAAUACGUUAUCUUUCCCUGCUGUGUUUGCGGCACUAGUUCCAAGUUCAUUUGUUCCCACUGACGGAGUAAAUCCUGCAGCGACAGGACAGAAAUAUAGAGACUUUCAGCUCUAAACAAGUUUCCCAGUUUUCAGUGAACAUCUGGCUUUGGAGCUACAGUGAGUAUUUCCAGCAGCAGGAUGGUGAAGGUGCCCGUGUUCGCCCGGUGCAACUGUGUGGGCUCGUCCAUGUGUCUUUUAUAGUUUUUGGACGACAACGGCAAAAUUAACAAGUCAUUGCUGGUUUCAGUCUUUUCACAAAAUGUCCUGACAAAAAUAAACGUGUAGAAUAUCUGAAGAAACAGACUCAUCCUUUUAAAAAAGACUGGAACAACAUCUGGAAUCAUCAGUAAACCCCUGUGUUAAUUCACAACUAUAAUAUUGUCAUUUUUACUGUAUGUUCUGGUAACUGCUAAUCAGCCCAUCCUCCUCUGUAGUUUACAUGUCAUACAGAUUAGCUUUGGUCUUCUAGUCACUGUUAUUGAUGAUGUAUGUAGCAUGUUUUUAAUAUUUCACAGGACUCUUCUGUCACUGGGAUCAAACUUGCUUUUUGUCAACUUAAAAAAAAAAGUUACAUUACUGCACAGCUCUUGAACUACAACAUAUUGAGUUUUUAAAAACACAUAUAUAUCAGGGGUUUAUGAGUGUUGGGAGCUAUUUUUUGGCCAUGUACAACUAUUAUAUAUUUACUUACACUUGGCCUGACAUUGGCUCAGGCAGCCAGAAAAAUGUCUGG